GAGAGAGAGAGAAUAUGAAUCGCUUCCCUUGACCUUUCCUUCCUUUCAUCUCUAACGGCUCUUUCAACUCCAAACUCUCCUCCUGUAAUAAAAAAAGAACCCAACAAAACCCCUCCCCAUCAUCAAUCUUCCCAUCUUCACUUCAUAGAUUUCGAUUCCGUCCUCUCUCUCUCUCUCUCUCUCUCUCUCUCUCUCUCUCUCACUAGAAACUUGCUCUUUGAUACCCAGUUCAGGAAGAAAAGAAACCACCCCACAUCGGAAGCCAUGGACUCCACGCCGCUCUCGCACCGGUCGCGAACCAAGUCCGUCUCGCGCCUCGCCCGGGUUGUGGACUCCAGCAUCGAAACCGACGGAUCUCUGAACCUGUCCCUCGAUUUGGUCCCUUCGUCCCCCAGGAAGAUCCCUUCGCCUUCGCCUUCGCCUCUCUCUCUGAGAUCCUCCAACAACUCCCUCCCCCUGCGGGAGCUGCUGCUGCUCUCUCCUUCGCCUCACAAGAGAUCGAAGACCCGCCUCGCUGAUAGGCUCGAGGCGGCCGAUGAGCCUGGGGAGGGGCGCGGUGCGGCAGCGGCGCUACGCAAGCGGUGCAAGAGGAGGGAGGGGCAAGCGGGCAUCUUGGCGUGCGCCUCCCCCAGGAGCAAUCGCCGGUCGCGGAGGCGAGCCGAGGUGGAGGGUAGGGAGGAGCGAGAUUUGGGGCUAAUCGAGGAGGCCGUGAAGCAGAGGAGGAAGCAAGUCGGGAGGUCGAGGAAGGAGAGGCUUAGCUUGGUGCCUCUCGUGAACACCUCUUCUAGCUUGUCUCUGAGUGUAGAAAUUGAUGAUGGGGACAAUGGCAAUCUGGACCAAAUUGGACAGGCUAUUGCUGAUUUGAUAAUGUGGAGAGAUGUAGCGAAAUCAACACUCUGGUUUGGUCUAGGGUCUCUCUGCUUCUUAUCUUCUUGCUUUGCCCAAGGAAUCAGCUUCAGUAUUUUCUCUGCAAUUUGCCAACUGGGACUUCUCUUUUUGGGGUUAUCUUUCUUCUCCAAUUCCAUCUGUCAAAGGAACAAUGUGGAGAAGAGGCGCGAUUUCCAGUUAAAAGAAGAUGAUAUCUUGAGAGUGGCUAGAUUGAUACUUCCUGCCGCUAAUCUUGCAAUUUCAAAGACGAGAGAGCUUUUCUCUGGGGAGCCGUCAAUGACCCUCAAAGUAGCUCCAUUUCUCCUCCUAGGAGCUGAAUAUGGCCAUCUUAUCACACUUUGGAGGCUAUGUGCAAUUGGGUUCUUCAUCAGCUUCACCACCCCGAAACUAUACUCCCGCUACGCAGCUCGGAUAAGCCAAAAAGUGGAGUGGUCCAAAUGGUGGGUUCUUGAAGCAUGGGGUGCUUGCUCCCACAAGAAAAUCGUGGCUGCAUCAGCAAUCAUGGCCUUCUGGAAUCUGACAACAAUAAAAACUCGCUUGCUCACAGGUGAACUUUAUAGAUCGUUCAUAUCUGUUGUGAUUCUGCGUUAUCAUCGGCAACAUUCGGCAGCAAAUCUCGAAGUAGCUGCAGAAGCAGAAAGGGAAGAUUUAGCAGAGAAGCAACCUCACAAGGCUCUGGUUGUCGCAGAAAAGGUGUCUGGCGACUAGUGCCAAGGCUGAUAUUGUGUUGUACUGUCCAGAAGCAUUGUAGAUCUUGCAAUGCAAAAAAUAGGCUCUCACCCUUCAAUAAUCAAUCCAAUUUGCGUGUAACACUAAUAUCUUUCCAGUGUAAUACGAGGUUUUCUUUGUUAACCACCUCUUUCUUUGUAGCAAUGCCAUGCACAAACUUUUGACACUCUACGCUGUUGAAA